GAUCACGUAGCUUUCUCGCGUGCCAUUUAGAGACGGAGGGUAAGGGCGCCUAGAUACCGCGAUACUUGGGAGAAGCUGGAGCCGGGCUCUUCCUGUUCUUGCGCCAUUUGGCUGAAGUAGGACGGGGUCAGGGUUUGAGGACUGACAGAUUCUAAACCUGGGCUUUCUAGGCUUCCAGAAAGCCACCAGAUGCCACAUGGAACCAAGGGCCCCAUGCCCAGCUGCCAUACCCUCAAUGGAGAGAAAGUUCCAUGUUCUUGUGGGGGUCACAGGAAGUGUUGCUGCCCUGAAGCUGCCUCUCCUGGUGUCAAAGCUUUUGGACAUUCCUGGGCUGGAAGUCACAGUGGUAACCACUGAGAGAGCCAAACAUUUCUAUAGCCCCCAGGAUGUUCCAGUCACCCUCUACAGUGAUGCUGAUGAAUGGGAGAUGUGGAAGCGCCGCUCUGACCCAGUUCUCCACAUUGACCUCCGAAGAUGGGCUGACCUCAUGCUGGUGGCUCCCCUUGAUGCCAACACUCUGGGGAAGGUGGCCAGUGGCAUCUGUGACAACUUACUUGAGGCUCUCAGCUCCUCUUCCGCAAAGCUGCUGGUGACUUAAGCAUCAUUAGACUAAGAAUGUAGGAUGGGAGGAACACCACACUGAUGCUGUGACCAGGAGCAGUCUGGGUAGACAGAGAAGCAGAGCCUGGUACAGUAUGGUCUUUGCUGCCCAGAAGGACUGGGACUGGGCAGCUAGGCACUGAAACAGGUGAGAGAGUUGCUCGGCCAUGUACCCCAAACCCCUGGGCUUUCAUUGGCAGGUUAGCAGCAGCUGAUAUGGUAGAACACAUCAGCCUCAGAGCUGAACCCCAGCCAGCUCUCUUAGGGCUCUUCCUACCCUCUGAAAACGCAGGUUUCCCCUGCUUUUUGUUGUUAGCAUUAUUGUUAUUAUAUGCCAAGCUUUUUUUUUUUUUUUCAAAUAUAGCUGGUAGCUGAGCUGGAGAGAUGAUUCAGUGGUUAAGAAAACUGGAUGCUCUUCCAGAGGAUCCAGGUUUGAGUCCCAGCACCCACAUGGUGAUUUACAACUGUCUAUAACAAUCUGAGACCUUCUUUUGGCCUUCAUGGUCAACAGGCACAAAUGUGAUGUACAAACAUACAUGCAGUCAAAAUACCCACACACAUAUAAAACAAAUAUAAUCUCACAUAGCCCACUGGCCUUGAAAUCCUGAUCAUAUUGCUUUCCCUUCCCAAGAGACGGGAUCACAGGCAUGGCCUGAAGGCCUGGCUUCUACACUCCCUAUCUUUGAGGUUCUCUUCUUCAGGAUUGGCUGAACAGUGGAGCAUGUCUCCAAACUAACCAUUCUCCUCAAACAGCUUCACCUGAACACAGAUGUUUCAGAUAAUGUCCGGUGUUACGAUUUGAACUGUAAGCAUCCUUGGUUAUGGGGCUACCUUCUGCUCAGUGGGUAUCUUCUUAGAAUCCUGAAAGGAAACUCAGCCUGUUUCCUCUUUCCAAACCUCCUGUCUCCAUUGGAAAGGUGCUGGAGAGCAGCUUCCUGUUACGUCAUUCUGCAGUCCUGCUCUCCAGGCCCUCAUCCUAGGCAUGGCUGUCUCUCUCUGCUCUGGCCUCUCCUCUGCUAAGCUGUCAGGUCCAGAAAGAGGAGGUGAUUCCCCAGGCUUGACAGUCUGGCUCAGUGCAAGUCUCUUGACUAGGAUCCAGCCUUCUGCCUUGCCUGAGCAGGUUCCCAGGGGCAAGGCUGAAGCACUGAGCACGGUGCCAGCCACGGCUGUGGGAACCAGUGUCCUCCUCUCCCUUCCUAUGCUAGUUGCUUUAGAGGGGCUGUGGUUUGUCCAGGAAGCGCUGAGCUCCCUGUCACACACUGGGGAAGCAGUCCUGUCUGAGGAGGGCAGGGUUCUUGCUGUGGGUAGUGUGCUCUACUUUGAGAGUGCUUAGAACCCAGCCCAGUCCCAUCCCCACCCUGACACCAUCAAGGGCCUCCUCUGGGUUUACAGAAGCUGCAGGUGGCACAGAGCCAAGAGGAAGUGUGACUGGAAUUGUCCACUCAUAGCCAGGUUGUCGUAUUGGGAGCAGUUGGUGGAAAACCAACUCUGGUGUCUGGGAUGAUGCAAGCAGCCA